CAGUCAUGACUCAUGAGUCGGCUUUGCCGCCUAUAAACAGAAGAGAAUAGGUGUUGGUGUGUGUUGGUGUGGUUGAAGCGGAGGAAGGUUCAUUUAAAGCCCAUACGGAGCCAAAGAACCAAGUAGAACUACCAUUCACUCAUCACUCCGCUUCUUUAAUUAUAGGACUACCAUCGCACGAGCAGAAUUUCCUUUAUUCUCUAGUUCUUGGUGUCGCCAUUGCUGUUGUUCUCAUUCAAACGACGUCGUUUUGUUGAAGUGUACUCUUGCCUCCACUAGCUGCUUCUUCUUCUUCUUCUUCUUUUCGCUCUAUCAGAAUCUAGAGAUGCCUUCAAAGGGAAAGAAGCAAUCGAAGAUACCAUCGAGGAUGUCAAGCACUGAUCGGAAUUCCUCUCCUCUAACACCUUCGUCAACUUUGGAUUAUGAAACCAACGAUGAGGAUCUGAUUAGCAUUCUGGAAGAAGCCUCUAUGAAAUAUCCUUCUUUGAUAGGAAAAAGUGCUUUCAUUGGUCGGAUUACUGAUAUUGACCAUAAUAAUUCUAUAGGAUGCAAAAUUUGGCUUUCUGAGUCAUCCAUGGUUGCAUCUUCAUUCACCCCUGGCUCUAUUGUAUCGGUGUCAUCCCCUUCUAAUAAUAAAUUUUCACACAGCUUUCCUCUCAUCUCCUUAGCAAAUAAAUUUGCUAAUCAUUAUCGUAGUGAUUUAGGUGAUCAACUUACUGAUGAAGCAGGAAACUAUUUUGCUCUUGCAACUAUUCUUCCAUCCAGUAAGGUUGCAAAGAAUGGAAUCAGAUUAUCAUCAAGCCUUUCAAAUACAAUGGGGAAUCCUUCAUUGGGAGGAGUGGUAUUUAUAUAUCCUACACAAAGUCAGAUAGUUCCAGUUUUUGUAGCUAAAGAUGAAAAUCCAUGCAGGACCAAAGUUAACCCUCUUUUAGUACAUGAAUGCAAUGAUUUAUUUCUAGAGCUGGUGCACUCUGAGAAUAUGUUGGCAAGGAACAGUAUAACAGCAAAAAAUUCUUGUGAAACAUCUUAUGAUCAUAUUGGAAAUGGAGUGGUUGGAACUCCUAAGACACCAAGGAACCAUUUAAAGUUGAGCUCUUCGAAUAUUAAGCAGUUAUGCUCACCUGCAUGUGAGGAUUCUACAAUGCAGUUAGACAACUCGAAUGGUUUUUCUGUUGAUUCAUAUGACAUUGCAGAGUUCUUAGGGGAUGAAAAUGUUAGAAAGGUUAUUGAAACAGGUGCUAGUACUUGGUUGUUUUCUCGAUGUUUACUUCGAGGAAAUUUUGUGAUUAUACCAGUUCUUUCACAGCUAUGUAGCUUCCAAGUAGUUGGCACUAGAAUGUUAUUAAAUAAAGUUAACUAUGAUAUCACAAAUAGGAGUGAUGAUCUGCUAGAUGAAGCUUCUGACUCAGUAGAAUAUUCCAAUGAUGCAUUUAUAGUGAGGCGUGAAACAAAACUAUGCUUAUGUUUACCAUCAAAACUGGCACCAAAAACCCUAGAAAGACCUAGUAUUACAAUGAACUUUGAACCUAUGGAUAUUAAAGCUGAUGUUGGAGAUAGUAUGUCAAAUUUGGGUGGUCUAUCUAAAGAAUAUGCAAUUUUAAAGGAUAUCAUUGUUUCCUCAUCAGCAAACAUUCUAUCUAGUCUUGGUUUACGAACUACAAAGGGAGUGCUUCUUCAUGGUCCCCCGGGCACUGGAAAGACUUCUUUGGCUCUACUGUGCAUCCGUGAUGCUGGUGUCAAUCUCUUCUCUGUCAAUGGACCCGAGAUUGUUGGUCAGUAUUAUGGAGAAAGCGAGCAAGCUUUGCAUGAAGUGUUUGAGUCAGCCCGUCAAGCUGCACCAGCUGUGGUAUUCAUUGACGAGUUGGAUGCCAUAGCACCUGCGAGAAAAGAUGGUGGAGAAGAACUCUCUCAAAGAAUGGUUGCCACGUUGUUGAAUUUGAUGGAUGGGGUUAGUAGAAGUGAAGGGAUCCUUGUAAUUGCUGCUACCAACAGGCCUGAUAGUAUUGAAGCUGCACUUAGACGACCUGGAAGACUAGAUAGAGAAAUAGAGAUAGGUGUGCCAUCUCCAAAGCAACGGUUGGAUAUCUUGCUUUCUCUUCUAUGUGAAAUGGAGCAUUCACUUUCAGAUAUCCAUGUUCAGAACCUUGCUAUUGCUACGCAUGGUUUUGUAGGUGCUGAUCUAGCUACCCUUUGCAAUGAGGCAGCUUUGGUUUGCCUUAGACGCUAUGCCAAUUUAGGACGCACCUGUAAUAAUGUGCAUGGAACAUCUAUUCAGCAUGAUGAUUCUGAUAAUGUAGUGGAGUCUGACUCCUUUAAAGAUCCAAGGGACAUAUCUAGGGAUUACUCAGAUUCUGGAUCAAAAUUUAUUUCAAAUUUGGCAGUUUCCUCACAGUGUCCACCUUCUUCAGCGGAUGAUAACAUACACGAUGUUGGUGAUGGCAUUAAAGAAGCAUGUAUGUUAAAAGUGGCUUUCGAAGAUUUUGAGAAGGCCAAAAUGAAAGUGAGGCCCAGUGCCAUGAGAGAGGUAAUACUUGAGCUUCCUAAGGUUCAGUGGGAAGAUGUUGGGGGUCAAGGAGAGGUUAAAUCUCAAUUAAUGGAAGCUGUAGAGUGGCCUCAAAAGCACAAGGAUGCUUUUAAACGCAUAGGGAUUCAUCCACCAUCAGGAAUUUUGAUGUUUGGUCCUCCUGGAUGCAGUAAAACUCUCAUGGCACGUGCUGUAGCUUCUGAAGCAGGAUUGAAUUUUCUUGCUGUGAAAGGUCCAGAACUUUUUAGCAAGUGGGUUGGUGAAUCUGAGAAGGCUGUUAAAUCUCUGUUUGCAAAAGCGAGGGUCAAUGCCCCAUCCAUCAUAUUUUUUGAUGAAAUUGACGGUCUUGCCGGUGUUCGGGGGAAGGAUAAUGAAGGGGUUUCAGUGUCAGAUAGGGUUAUGAGUCAACUUCUUAUAGAAUUGGAUGGUUUGCACCAAAGACUUGAUGUUACUGUUAUUGCUGCAACAAAUAGGCCUGACAAGAUUGACUCUGCCCUCCUUAGACCAGGACGUUUUGAUCGGCUGCUAUAUGUGGGACUUCCAAAUGAGAAUGAUCGAGAAGAGAUAUUCCAUAUCCAUUUAAGAAAAAUUCCAUGUUGUUCGGAUGUCAGCUUUAAAGAUCUUGCUUUUCUCACUGAAGGUUUUACUGGGGCUGACAUAUCAUUUAUCUGCCGGGAGGCUGCUUUAAAAGCUAUGGAGGAGAAUCUUCAUGCUUCAGAAAUUAGGAUGCAGCAUUUGAAGGCUUCUAUUAUACAAGUGCAGCCAACAGGAAUUCAUUCUUAUCAGGAGUUAUCAGAAGAAUUUCAACGGCUUGUUCUUUCUCAUGGGGAAGAAGAGAAAGUAGGAUAUAAUGAACACUCAAGUAAAUCAAAUUGGGUUCCCAUGCGGAGCCUUAUAAAAUCAAUAGCCCUGUUUGUUCGUAGACUGCCUGAAGUCUUGUCAAUUUCACGUCCUUCAAGUGGGUAGUUGCAAUGUUGGCGCAGGUUAUUCCAUCUUCCUGUCAUGUAUAGCUGGAAUGUGUGUUUCUGAUGGCGAUGGAUAAGUUACACACUCAUGUUAGACGAAAAUUUAAGAAGUCAAACUCGACAUUAAAUACUUUCAAGAGGAUCAAGCCAUACGGGUGUCUCAUUGCCAUUUGGCUGUGGUAGUACAUACCACAAUAACCAUAAGUAGUAUCCACUCACAUACUCAAGUUACUGAUAAGAUCAUUAUCAAUCAAGUUACUGAGAAGUAUGGGCUUUCAUAUUCUGGUUUUUGGGGAUUUUAUCCUCUACCCUAUUCAUGGGAAUGUGCACUCUAAUUCAAUGGCAGUGAAGCAUUGUCAAUCUAUAAAUUGUGGUCCAUUGUCUGAGCUGAGCUUGGUUAUUCCUGCAAUGUACCCAUAGGGCCCUCUUGAAAGUUACAUUUAGAAUCAUAGUGAUUAGAACAGUAGGGAGGGACAGUGUGUGAGUUGUGGGCCUUAUAUUUCUUGUCCAUCCUGGGACUUUGUCUUUUAACCUUUUGUGCAGCCAUUAUCAGAUGCGUUUGUUUGUAUUGUGGGGCUUGCAUUUUACACCCUUGGAAUUGUAUUGUCAUUUUGAACUGUCAACUUUUGUUGUAAGUGAAGUAUUUAUGCUUUUUUAAGUUAAAAAGUCCUUUCCUUUUCUGUUUA